AUGGAAAACCAAGCUUUUGCGGUCACCAUGUAUCCGCGUCUGAUUGCGGAGAAGAUUCAUGCAUGCUUCUGGAGCAAUCAUCCAGGACUAAUUUUCGGAGUUCUUGGAUGGUGGGGAACUCUAGGAAAUGCAUUUGGUGUGACAAGUAUUCCAGGGAUGAGUUCUGGAAUCACAUUGCCACAAGCACUCUCCAACACAAGAAAAGAUGGAAUUGGAGCACUCCUUAGGGAAGGUACUGCUUCAUACCUCAACUCUCUUGUCAACCACAAAUUUCCAUACACAACCUCCCAAGUCAGAGACCAAUUUGCCGCCUCAAUCACCUCCAACAAGGCGGCCGCCGCCCAGGCGCAGCUCUUCAAGAUGGCCAACGAAGGCCGAACGAAGCCUAAUUUCUAA